CUCAAAUGACCUUUAGAUGGAUAAAGGGAGCUGUCUUGGUCGUGUUCCUUAUAACUCGGUGAUUGGAUUCAUCUUAGUACUUGUUGGAGGUGGAGUCUUGUGUGGUACAAUUUAUUCUGGAAUAUCACGUAUCGAUACAUACUUUCGGUUGUAUUUUUUUCCUGUGUACUCUUUACCUUAUCUAAGAAUAGCUGCAGUUGUGAAUGGGGCAGUAGCCGUUCUACUCGCUUUUCUUAUACUAAUUUUCUCAACACUUGUGAAUAAUGCUACUCGUGGCCGCAUCUAUCGUGGUGAUCGCUACAUUAUGGGUGGGCGUUGUUCAGCAGCUCUGUUCAUGUGCACCACAUAUGUAACCAUAAUUGUAUGGUUAAUAUUUUUAGCAUUCCUUGUUGUCCCUACAUUUUGUUGGGCAAUGUUCAACUCGAUUUGUACUGCUGAGUUAGCUGAUGUUUGGCAUGGACCAGGUGCACGACGUCCUGGUCCUGAUGGCCGUGUUGCUCCAUCUCUGUCAGAGUUACGAGAUCGUAAAGAUUACCUGGCGGAAACGUAUACAGCUCGUCUUGCCUACUAUUAUCAAAAUCUCAAUUUUGGCUAUAAUCCUUCUGAGUCUCAAAAUGGUUUCAGACCUCCUUUUGUUAAUCUGGGAAACUCACCCAAUCUACCAAAUUAUCACGGCAAUCGAUAUUAUUCUCCUGAUUUCAACUACAUUUUUAACUUGACACAUUAUGGUGUUUAUAUUAAACCAUGGAUGUAUGAUGAGUCACUGAAUUAUCGUGAAGCCAUUACUUCGCUGAACGAAUUUGCAAGAUUUUGUGACGAAGUUAUGAUAGUGGGUCCACUUUUUGCUUGUUCACUUGGCGGUGCUGUUUUUGUUCUACUUGGUUUGACUCUAUUUGUUGGCUCAUUGUCAGCUUAUUAUACUCGAUUAAAAUUGACAAAAGAACUGACAGAUUUCAAACAGAGCAUUGCAUUAAGAUCACCCAAAAAUCAUGAUCCAUCAGCUUAUUUUUAGAUAGCAGAAUCCCUACGUACUAUUAUUAUUAUUAUUAUUAUUAUUGUUAUUAUUAUUAUUAUGUAAAAAUCUCGGUGUUGUAGACAAUGAAAGGAAAUAUUUAUAACCUUAAUUAGUUUGUUUUUAAAGCAAAGUAGUGAAAGUGCAUUUUCUCAGUAGACGGAAGGAUAAACAGGGAGAAGUGGGCACGGGAAAGAGGUUGAUAAGAGGUGGUGAAUAUGGCAAUGAUUAUGGUUUGCUUGAAUUAUUUUCUAAUUUUAUUUCUCACAGUUGUAUACACUGUGUGCACUUUCCAGUUGUUGUUCUACACACUUGACAAUGCGCGAUGUGUUCAAUUCAUGGUCUAUUUGUUUGUUUGUAUGUGCAUUUUGCCUCUCUUAUUUCCACUCAAUAAUGAUAACUGUCCUAUCUUUAUUGUACAUGAUAGUAUGUCUGGAGAAAAAGAUAAUAAUUUGUUAAAGUAUUUUUGUUUAACUGCUAUCAGUUAUAGUAAUAAAAGUAAUUAUGAGUACCGUGUAUUUUGCUCCAUACUCAAUAUGGAUAUAUAUAUUACUCUAGUUUUUAAUAUAUGUUCUGUGUUUACUCUAUAUUCAUUUGUUUGGCUUUCGUUUUUAUUUUUGGCCUGUCCCUAUCAUAGGAUAUUCCAUUUUAUCUUUUAUAUACUGUUUGUAUUCACUAAAUGAUGAAUUAUGAUUUUGGUACUAGUCAAUAAUCUAAUAAUUAGUAUCUAUGUAUAUGCGAACACGAACAUACGCUCCAUCUAUCUCCCUCUUCUACGUUUUCGUUUACAUUGUUAAUGAAAACCAUAUAUAUGUAUUUUAUGUAUUGAAUAACACAAUAGUGAUCGUGCUAUCUUGUCUGACUAUCGCAUAUAGUUUCUAAUCUACUGCACUUUGCCUAUCUAUUCAUUUACUCUGCUUUGUUUUUUUUUCUAUCAACCCAGUAAGAAUGAUACAGGAUAAACUUUUAACGACAUAAACAUAUUUUUAUAUAUUCAAUAUAUCUCAGUUAUUACUACCAUUAUUCGCUAUUUCACUUAUUUUCUCUUGUCAUUAUCAUUUAUACUGUCUUUUUUCUACAAUGUCAUAAGUACAACUUUUUUUAGAAUGAAAUAAUUUCCAAUAUUUUAUUUUGCAUUUUAUUUUGUUGAUAACAGCAAACUUAAAUUUGAAGAAACAAGUAUUAUCACCAAGUAUUUAGCUAAAAUGACACUAGUCUCGUUGUUCAGUUAUUUUCAUCAUAAUGCAAAUAAGGAUCUCAUAAUUAUUUCUUUAUGUAUGUGUGCAUGUAUGUAUGUCUUUUUUGUAAAGUGAAGUUCUUGAAAGCUUCAGUAAAAAAGAGCAUUUUUGGAUCAAUUUUUCCUCUUUGUUUACAUAAAUGUAUACUCAAACUCGAAAAAAAGUUUACUUCAAUAUUCCAUGAUAUUUGUUAUUAUUAUAAUUAUCACUACUAUUACUACCACUACUACUACUAUGGUAAACUGGAACUUCGAAUUACUAUUCUUUGAUUUGACUAUACGUUUGAGAUAUUCAUAUGAAGAGAAAAUCAAUGCAUUUGUGGUGUACCCCCUUUUUUGAUUUUAAUCACAUAAAUAAAUUGUUCUCAUUAUGUU